AUGACUUCAACUUCAACUGUGUUCUACUACUGGGAUCCGACUCAAAUGACGAAUGCGAUGAAGACCAGUUUCUCUACAACUUGGCGAUCGAUGCAGCGGUUUGGCUUUCAUACUGCAGAAUUGCCGGCGAUGACGCAAGAAAAUAUCACUACAGGUAACAGCGUCGUAUACCACGUUUUCCUUUCUCAAGGAACGGUGACAACGAUUUUCAACCAUUCAUUGGAAACUGUAUGUCACUAUGUUAAAGAGGUUCUACGUGCAGUCGUUGCACUUUCAACACGCCUGAUUCGUCCUAGUGAGAACUACAACGAUGGUGUCGAGCCACAUAGGCCAGAUCUGAGGUACUCUGGCAAUACACAUGAUGCACGCAUGCUUGCACGUGCUAUCCAUGAUCCGGAAAUACAUUUCCCAUUACUGGCCCCGAGAAAGUACUAUUUCGUGGAUUCCGGGUUUGCUCAUCGCCCUGGGUAUAUGGCCCCCUACAAAGAGUCUGACAUACUGUACCAUUUUCAGCAGGUGGAUGAAGAUGCAGCUGAGGUGGAGCUUCCCAAUGUGGAAGAUGAAAUGCAAGCCGAAAUACAUGCACCGGAAAUGCAACGAAGUGAGUGGGACAGACUUCGAGAUUAUAUGGCGCAGCAGCCAUGA